AUGUAUCCCGUUGAUAUCGAGACUAUGCCAAGCUCAUGUGGCCAUAACCACGGUCACCACGAAGCUCCUGUUGCAGCUUCGGAACCGGUCAAGCAAGUAUCCCUAAGCAAGUCCUCUCCGCUUGAUACUAUCACAUUGACUACUUACCCAGAGGACUCUACUCCGAUCGCACUGUCGUGGGGUGAAAGCUCACCAGAAGAGAGAGGUCCAAUUGUCGCUUCAAGAGAUAGAGAGGGUUUAGUUAAACACAACGCCAUUGGUGCUCACUCUGGCUCUUACUGUGUUUACCAUGCUCUGGCAAUCGGUUCCAAGCAGUUGAAGAAGGACCAUGUCGCAGACUAUACAAACGCUCAACCUGCAUUUUCUGUCCCUGAACAAAAAACCUGGUAUAACAAGGAAGACAUCAUUGCAAUGGACCCAUUUGGCCACUUAACUCCUGUGCUAUAUGACGAAGUCUCGAAGAGUGAGAAUGUUGAAGUCAGGCCAACCAUUGCUAUCACUAAGGCUCACAUGCAACUGUUCGAACUAAAAGACGCUGUUGAACAAGGCAGAUUGAAAGUUGAUGGGAAAGUCGUCAUUAAUAAGAAUGGUGAUUUGAAUGUGUCUAAGAUUGCAGUUGAGCCAGUUUGGUAUUUGCCAGGUGUUGCGAAGAGAUUUGGCAUCACCGAAGAUGAAUUAAGAACAAGUUUGUUUGAAGACACCAAUGGUAUGUACCCAGAAUUGGUUACGAGACCUGAUAUCAAGGUUUUCUUGCCACCAAUCGGCGGUUUAACGGUGUACAUUUUUGGUGAUCCAAAAUUUGUAUCUGAUCCAAGCAAAAAACUGGCGUUGAGAAUUCACGAUGAAUGUAACGGUUCCGAUGUCUUUGGAUCAGAUAUUUGUACCUGUCGUCCAUACUUAACUUUCGGUAUUGAAGAAGCCGUUAAAGAAGCCCAGAAUGGUGGCUCUGGUGUUUGUAUUUACUUCAGAAAGGAGGGUCGUGCAUUAGGUGAAGUCACCAAAUACUUGGUUUACAAUGCUCGUAAGAGAGGUGGUGACACUGCUGCAGAAUACUUCCAUAGAACUGAAUGCAUCGCUGGUGUUAGAGAUAUGAGAUUCCAGCAAUUGAUGCCAGAUAUCUUGAAAUGGUUGGGUAUCACCAAAAUUGACAGAAUGCUAAGUAUGUCCAACAUGAAGCACGAUGCUAUUGUCGAACAAGGUAUUCCAAUUUUGGAAAGAAUUCCACUUCCAGAUGAGCUAAUCCCACCUGACUCUAGAGUUGAAAUUGAUGCAAAGAUCAAUUCUGGAUAUUUCACCAACGGUAAGGUCAUGACCACCGAGGAACUGAAAAAUGUCAGAGGAAGAGAAUGGCACGAUGUUCUCUAG